AUGGUACUUCGUGUUCUCGUAACCGGCGCAGCGGGUCAAAUUGGAUAUUCUGUUGUUUUGCAAAUUGCUAAGGGUGAUGUUUUUGGUCCUGAAACGCCAAUUGUUCUUGUACUAUUCGAUAUACCUCCAAUGCUACAAGCUCUUGAAGGUGUACAAUUUGAGCUGCAAGAUUGCUCUUUACCAACCUUACAAGAAGUUGUUGUGACUGUAAAAGAGGAAGAAGCAUUCAAAGGUAUCGAUUAUGCUUUUCUUAUCGGUGCAAUGCCAAGAAAGCAAGGUAUGGAGCGCAAAGAUUUACUUUCUGCAAAUGUCAAAAUUUUCAAAUCACAAGGAAUAGCUCUUGCUAAAUAUGCUAAGCCAACAACUAAGAUCAUUGUCGUUGGUAAUCCGGCAAACACAAAUGCAUUUAUUGCUGCAAAAUUUGCAUCUCCGGCUAUACCGGAAAAAAAUUUCACAUCGAUGACACGUCUUGAUCAUAAUCGUGCUACAUCGCAAGUGGCAAUGAAAUGUGGUGUUGGGAUUCGAGAUGUAAAAAAUGUAAUUAUCUGGGGUAAUCAUUCAAGUACUCAAUUCCCAGAUGUUACCCAUGCUAAAGUUGUCAAGAAUGGUGCAACACUUGGUGCAUAUGAAGCGAUUAAUGAUAAAGAAUGGAUUCAGGGACCAUUUAUCAGUGUUGUACAAAAGCGUGGUGCGGUAAUUAUUGAAAAGAGAAAACUAUCAUCGGCAAUGUCAGCAGCAAAAGCAGCUUGUGAUCAUAUUCGUGAUUGGCAUUGUGGAACAAAACCGAAUGAAUGGGUAUCAAUGGGUAUUCCAUCAGAUGGUUCAUAUGGUAUUCCCAAAGGAUUAAUAUUUUCAUUUCCUGUUACCAUUGCUGGUGGCGAAUACAAAAUUGUCCAAGGCUUACAUCUGGAUGAAUUUGCUAAAGGAAAAAUUGCUAUCACGCAAAAAGAAUUAGAGGAAGAACGUGAUGAAGCUCUUCAAGCAUGCGCUUAA